AGUCUUCGAAGUUCGAAGCAUGGAACUGGUGGAGGUUGUGUGUCUCUCCUCUGGUGCCAACCUUUCUACACGGUUGAAAUGAGGCAGUCGAAUCAACGAAAUAUUCAUCGUUACAGUAUUCCCAGAUUAUAUCAGAAAGUAUUGUUUCGGCUUCCCAGUCUCUCCAUGCAGAAAAGGUGCCAUGAAGGAAUUUCUUCUGUGUGUCUUGUCAGGGUCAUUGUUACACCACAUACAUGACCCAAACACAACAACAAUGAAAUAAAUAGGCCUGUAUGUACAGUGUGACUACACAAAUUGCCUCUGCUGGUGGAAAACCAAAUAAAGUGAAACCGAGCAUUCAAUGUUCCCAGUGACAUGAAUUGCUGAAUCUGGUCAUAAUGUUUCGAACAAGAAAGCAGAGAAAUCCCAAUCUCCACUCUCCCGUCUACAUGUUGAUCAACAUUAACUUCAGUUCCACACCUGGAGACCAAAUAUCACUGCAGUUGAAGAAAAAAGUUUGCCAGUGAGAAGAACGUCGUGCCAAAAAUCGCAGGACCGUCUACAAGCAACGCAGCUUAGUUGUUUCUGCCUACAUGUUUCAGGAUUCUAAAAAAAUAGCAACUUGAUGAGUGAAAUAGUUCGAUUAAACGCUAUCAAACAGAAACCUUUUAUAGUUCACAUGCAGCAAGAUUUUCGGGUUCAUUUGGUAUUGGUCCAGUAUUUUAGCCCUGCAGCUCUUCACCCAGCAACAAGAUUCACAAAUAGGCUACCAUCGAUCCAUAAAGCAGCAAAGUUUCUCCAAGAUUUAAUUAUUCGUCACCAAAUUUAUUCAAGACAUCCUGAAUCAGGCGAAUAUUUCCUGGUAAGUGACGGAAAAUUGAAAGACCCAGGAAAGAGCGUUACAAGCGUCACACUCUAUCCUGUUACGUAUUUGCCACGAUGGACAAGCAGCCAAGAGACGGCCCUCUUCCAACAGGAACAGCUGACGAAUUUUGUUUCGAGUGUCAUCUCUUCCCAUUGCAAUUGUUGCAGAUAUUACUACCGCCAACGAAUUUAGUCCUCCCGAUGGAGAACUUCCCAGCGGCCUUAAAUUCAGCUGAGCAUGCUGGACUAGACGGAUCGGCCCCUGAAUCAAAUCUGAACAAUUCCUUCAAACUGGAUUCUUUUCCAUCGCAUCCGAUCGCAUCCCAUUCUAAACGUUGCAAUGCCUAGAGUGCAUGAAAUCGGAUCUCUCGUUAAACUUAGCGCAGAUUGCAUUAGAAAAUCUGUUGAUAAAAACAAGUAUGCAGGUUACCCACUAGAAGUCAAGCCGAAUGUCGAUGCGAACGCAUUAAUUCAUGAAUUACCCGUUGUUCUUUUGGAGGAAAUCAUUCGGUCUUUCACUAGCAUCCGACAACUUAUAGAUGCAAAUGUCCUUGUUCGGCUCAUCACAGAAAAGCUUCAACAUUUAUCUUUUCCUGUUUACUAUGACGGUUACUUGAAAUUAUUUCCCAAGCUUGGAAAUUUGUUAAUAUUGAACCUUGAAAACACAGUAGUGGGAGACCCAUGUUUACAAAGCAUUGGGAUUCAUUGUUCCAAAUUAAGAUCGCUGGAUUUAACUCAUUGCCGUAACGUGACAGACACCGGAAUUCAAUGGCUGUGUAACGUUGAUUAUCCGGGGUUGGGAAAUGAAAAAUCAGGACUUUGCGAGACCAUUAAAAAAUUAAGCAUUCUUCAUACGGGUGUUACUCAGCAAGGAAUUCAAGUGGCGCUCACACAUUUACAGUCUUUGAACAUCCUUGAAAGUUUUGAUAUUUUGGAAGCCUUGGCAGAGUUGGCCUCAUCAACGAUAGCCUCUAAGCCACCCGGAUUAUAUAAUGAUAAGUUCUCAAUAUCUACUCUGUACACCUCUCCUGAUAAGCCCUAUUUAAGUAAUAGCCUUUGUUUGGCACUCUCCUUAUGCAAUUCAGUAAAUCUUGUUUUAAUUCAUUUAACGAAGGGUCUGAAAGACAGUGAUCUUUUGUGUUUAAUGUCUCUGAAGGUUCUUCGCAAACUGAAAAUCUUCAAGUCUAACAUUUGGGUACCAAAUGACACUGAAAUCACUUUUGAUGGUGGAGUUGCUCCACUCCUCAAGGUAUUUGGAAGAUCGUUGGAGACUCUUGCGUUGGAGUGUUUGGAUUUAAUUCGUAUUUCUACCAUUAUCGACUUUUGUCCAAAUUUAAAGUUCUUGGGCAUCAGAGACGUUACGGGCUCGCUUGAGAACGAAAGACACCUCUUCCAAUCUGAAAAGAAGCCUCCUGUUUUCAAGGAACUAAAGCAAUUAUUUUGUAUUCUCGAUGUACCAGUUGAUAUUUUGCUUUUUCUGUUGUCCUCCCCUUCACUGGAACACAUUGGAAUUUCUUGUUGCGAUGUGCUUACAGAUGAGAUCUUACUGGAGACCAUCAAAUGUCAGCACCGAUUGAACAACCUUAAAAAGUUUGAGCUAGACAAGUGUGAUUCGGUGACGAAACGGGGCAUCGAUGCGUUAUUGAGAAAUGGCUGCAACCCGCUAGAAAUCAUCGAUAUCUAUCGAUGUAAAAAUAUUGUGGAUAAAAACUAUGCUGAUUGGAACUCCCUAAUCGCUAAUAAAAAUUGGAAUUGUAAAGUUACAAGGAAAUCGAAAUAAAAUGUUCGAAUCUUGCA